GUCUGUUAUAUCAGGGCCUAUCCGCACUGGAUGGGUCUGAUGUGAACUAUCCCUUUCGACUCAAUUGUCCUCCCAUUAAUCCUAUCUCCUACUAAUCGCAUACACACAAUGGCAGGUGCAAUCAAUGGAACAGUGAACGGUCACAACAAUGGACACAUCAAGAAACCGAUCCAAGAGGCUUUCGUGGACGGCAAUGUCGCGAUCGCUCCAAACGAUCCGGAAGAAGUCCCCGCACUAUUGAAGAGGAUCACAUUGCACGGGGAAGCGUACUUGACCGAAAAUGAUGAGCUCGAGCGAAGCAAGAUCCUCGAUUCGGCCAGGUCUCUGGUCUAUGCCUUGGAGACGCCGCGCGAGGCGAUCAUCCGACACUGUUGGUCGCAGAGUACUCUCUAUGCAGCGAUCGAAACAGCAGUGGACCUAGACCUCUUCAGGGCGCUGUCGCGGGACGCAAAGCCCAAGUCUGCAGCCGAGCUUGCAUUGGCAACGGGUGUGAAUCCGGUGAUGCUUGCACGCAUCCUCAAACACCUUGCCGCGAUGGGGGUGAUCAAAGAAACCGGACCGGACGAAUACCGGCGGACGGGGUUCUCCAUCUCCAUGCAAUCCGCCCGGUACAGCGACGCGUACCCCUGCAUGACCGGCUGCAUCACCGCGGGUGUCCUCGCCCUCCCAGCCCACCUCAAAGCAACCAACUACACCACGCCCAACGACGGCACCAAGAGCGCCUUCCAGCGAGGCUUCGACACGGACCUCCACUUCUUCGACUUCCUCAAGCAGCACCCGCAACACGCGAGCGAAUUCAACAACCACAUGUCCGCCUACCGCCAGGGUCGUCCGAGCUGGAUGGACCCAGGGUUCUACCCUGUACGGAGGCUCGUCGAGGAAAUCACCGUUUCCACGGAAGAUGUGCUCUUGGUCGACAUGGGCGGCGGCAUGGGCCACGACCUAUCUGAGUUCCGCCGCAAGUGGCCCGAUCUCGCGGGCCGACUGAUCGUGCAGGAGCUCCCUGAUGUUGUUGCGCAGGCGCGCGAAUUGAACCUGGAUCCUAGGAUUGAGUUGAUGGUGCAUGAUUUCUUCGAUGAGCAGGUUAUUAUCGGGGCAAGAGCAUACUACAUGCACUCCGCUCUGCACGACUGGACGGACGACGAUUGUCGCCGGAUCCUGCGGAGCCUGGUCCCUGCUAUGCGCGAGGGAUACAGUAAGUUGCUGAUCAAUGAAAACGUAAUUCCAAGUACCAAUGCGUAUUGGGAGACGACUAGUCUGGAUAUCAUCAUGAUGGCAGACUUCGCGUCAAGGGAGCGGACGGAGAGCCAGUGGCGUGCAUUAAUUGAGUCAGUGGGACUGAAAGUGGUAAAGAUCUGGACGGCUCGAAGGGGAGUAGAAAGUUUGAUUGAGUGUGAGGUUGCUUGA